UCUGAAUACUCGCGUUCUCACCGGAAACACAUGCCUGGGAAUCAAUAACGCGCUUCUGUUGGCUUGAACAGUAGUUUUUAAACCGUUAAACCGGGUUUUUAUGCUAGCUCUGGGAGGCUAGCAGUAUUCAAGCAUCUGUUUGCGAUCAUUCGUGAAAAAGUUCAGUAAUGUAAUUGUGUUCAUAUUUACUUAAAUUGUAACAGAGGUGGGGCUUUCUACCGAUCACCGGUAGAAAAACGGUGAUCCCCGGUGUUGCCGCUUCUUUUUAACCGGAAACCCGCUCGUCGGUUGUGUGUGGAUGUCCCUUUAACGGAGCCGCUCGCAGCUGGAGGAGAUGAUGUAAGGAGGGCCGGUAUGUGGAGGGCUGACACCAGCCCCAAAGUCUAGAAACUCACGAUGCCCAAAUAUGGCGUUCAGACCCAAACGGAGUAACGAUCAUCAGUGAAGUCAGCAGCAUGGCUGGCUUCAGGCAGGAGGACGUGGAGCUGCAUUAUGAGAUGGGAGAGGAGCUGGGCAGCGGCCAGUUCGCCAUCGUCCGUAAGUGCAGGGAGAAGAGCACGGGCGGCGAGUACGCGGCCAAGUUCAUCAAGAAGCGGCGUCUGUCCUCCAGCCGGCGGGGGGUGAGCCGCGAGGAGAUCGAGCGCGAGGUCAACAUCCUGCGGGAGAUCCAGCACAGCAACAUCAUCACCCUGCACGACAUCUUCGAGAACAAGACCGACGUGAUCCUGAUCCUGGAGCUGGUGUCCGGAGGAGAGCUCUUCGACUUCCUCGCAGAGAAGGAGUCUUUGACCGAGGAGGAGGCCACGCAGUUCCUGAAGCAGAUCCUGGACGGCGUCCAGUACCUGCACUCCAAACGCAUCGCUCACUUCGACCUCAAGCCGGAGAACAUCAUGCUGCUGGACAAGAACGUUCCCAACCCCAGGAUCAAGCUGAUCGACUUUGGGAUCGCUCACCAGAUUAAAGCAGGAAACGAGUUCAAGAACAUCUUCGGGACUCCAGAGUUUGUGGCUCCUGAAAUCGUCAACUACGAGCCGCUCGGCCUGGAGGCGGACAUGUGGAGCAUCGGCGUGAUCACGUACAUCCUGUUGAGCGGAGCGUCUCCGUUUCUGGGCGAGACCAAGCAGGAGACUUUGACCAACAUCUCUGCCGUCAACUACGACUUUGACGAGGAGUAUUUCAGCAACACCAGCGAGCUCGCCAAGGACUUCAUUCGCCGCCUCCUGGUCAAGGAUCCAAAGAAGAGGAUGACGAUUGACGACAGUCUAGAGCAUCCCUGGAUUAAGGUCAUUAAGAGACGAAACGUCCGGCCAGAGGAGGGAGACCAGAAGACCAAGCGCCGGCGCCUGAAGACCACCCGUCUGAAGGAGUACACCAUCAAGUCCCACUCCAGCAUGCCCCCCAACAACACCUACGUCAACUUCGAGCGCUUCUCCCAGGUGCUGGAGGAGAUCGCGGCUGCAGAGGAGGGCCUGAAGGAGCUGGAGCACAACCAGCGCUCCUGCCAGGAGGACGUGGCGGCGCUGCUGUCCAUCUACGAGGAGAAGGAGGGCUGGUACAAGGAGGAGAACCAGAGCAUCUCCUUAGACCUGAGCCACAUCCGCCAAGACCUGCAGCGCACCCAGGCCCAGCGGAAGAAGUGCCAGGAGGAGACGCGGCUCACCACGCAGGCCGCCAGCAUCCUGAAGCGCAGGUUCGGCCGCCUGGAGAACCGGUACGAGGUCCUGGCGGAGCAGGUGGCCUCAGAGGUGCGCUGGGUGGAGGAGCUGGUGAAGUCCUUUUCUGAGGAGAAGGCCGCCCUGAGCCCAGUCAGCUUGGCCUAGACCGGUUCUGGUCCAAAGACUCCAUCUGCAGUUGUAGGAACUGCUUAUAGUUUUACUGCUUUUAUGCGUCGAGCUGCAUUUUUAUCCUAAAGCUGUACGUUAUGAGGAUGUUCAUUCCAUUCUAGACUUUUAUCCCAAACUCACUGCAGUAAGUUCUUAACAUUUUACAUUUAUGACUUUUUAGAAUGAUUUUCCUAAAUGAGUCAUUUUCACGUGAACAUAAAGGACCAGGAAAUUAUUUAAUGAGACGAGCUUUACUAGAUUCGUGAAUGUACGAACAUUUUAGUGCCUGAAACAUUUUCAACCUCAUAAGACAACUCAGUCUCACCGUCGCCAUGGAAACCGAACCACGCACAUGGAAGCUCACCAUGAAGACUCUUUGCAGCUUUGAGUCUUAGACCUGAGAACUUCAGUCAUUCCAUUUCCAGCGGCACAUUCCCGCCUUUUACCCGUUUGACUCCAGUGAUGUUCUUGCAAUAAGGGACUCAUUUGCACUGUGGAGGACGCCGUUGAAAUGUCUGAACCCGUUUGAAAUAAAGUUAUUUCUGAAGCUGCAA